AAUAGCCAAAAUUGAUGAGCCUUUCAUUAAUUUUGACUCGCUAGGAUAAGAAAAUGCGUUAAAAAAAAAAGAAAAUCAAUAUAUUGGCUUUGGCGCAUUGUUCAUGAAAUGCGGUAUAUCAUCAACACCCUUCAGAAUUAAUCAUUAAUGAUGAUCCCGUUCUCCAUCCAACAUUGAAAGGAUAAAUGUCGAAGAGUCGGGUUUGUUGGGUCCAAUAUGAAGGUAUGGCUGAGUUUACUGGUCUUUAACUUUGGGAUUUCUCAUGCUGAAGAUCGACACUUCCUGGACUUAAUAUUGAUCCAAGAUCCGAUCCCAAUAAAUUCCUCUGUUGUGGUGCACAUUGAAGAUGAUUGGAGAUGGAGUGAUUUAUUCUUCUAUCAGAUCAGCAAGUUGUUCCACUCGUCACAUCUGACUCAACAAGUGCUUCUGGCCACCCGAGCUCAAUGGGAAAAGUUUUCACCAAAAAGUGGUUCCACGUCCCACGUUUUUCUCAAAGGCCAAGGCGACCUAGUGGAUGGGUUUUCUCCUCAACAACUCAGUCAAGAUGUGUUUCUUUGUGAGGACAAUAAUAUUUGUGGCACCCAAAGCCUGGAUCUUCGAUCUCGAGUGUUCUUUGUUGGGAACAAGUCGGAAUCGAGUGUGGGAACACAUCGUGGUCUCGCAUUAAAUGAAGUCUAUCGGCCGUGUUCCACGUGUGAACUGCAAAGUCAGCGUGUUGCUUGGAACGAAGUCUUCACUAUGGACAACAUUUGGACUCGACGAAAAGACUUGAGCCAACUGACAUUUCGAGUGUGUGUGGAACACUCUCCACCUCUCCAGAUUGUGCCCACCGAUGGAUCAAGACCCACGGGAAUGUUUCCAGACUUAUUCUAUGAACUUCAGAAUAUCAUGAAGUUCAAAAUCAUAGUAGUGCAUCCACCUGAUGGAAAAUGGGGUGGCAUCACCAAGAAUGGUUCAUGGAAUGGUAUGAUUGGACAAUUGGUUCGUGGUGAAGCUGACAUGGCCAUGAGCGAGUUUACCAUCAACGAAGAUCGUCAGAAAGUGGUGGAUUACUCCAUCCCUCUGAUGGACGAUUCGGUGCAUUUCUCCAUCCUAAGAUCCAGUGAAGGAACAUCUUGGUUGUUGUUUCUCAAUACCUUCAGCUAUGAAUUCUGGGCCUCAGUGGCAGCAUCACUCCUUAUCACAUUCAUUGUCCUCCGUUUCGUGAUGUUCAAAGCUCAAGAAACCUUAAAAGAAGGCUCCAUUUUCGGUGCGACACUUUUGAUCUUCUUAAGCCAAUCCCAAUUCUCCUUCGAUUUUGGUUCCAAAAGUGGGAGGAUCCUAUUUCUAGCCAGCUCCGUUCUGGGCACCAUCAUUUUCACUGCCUUCAGUGCUUCUUUGACCUCUCAAUUCACAGUUGAGCAACAAAGCUUGCCUUUAGAGAGUCUGGAAGAACUGAUUCAACACCCCGAGUUUGAAUUUGGUGUACAAAAAUCCUCUUCCUAUGAGACUUAUUUCAGCUCAGGUGUUCCAGGCAGUUUGAGGCAUCAAAUCUAUGAAGAGUUCAUUCGCUCUCGUCCAGAAAACUAUGUCCAGGAUAACAAGGAUGGAUUCCAACGUUCCAUGGAGGACUCUCAGUUCAUUUAUUUGGUGAAAAAGACGACGUAUGUUAAUAGUGAUGUGAUUUGCCGAAUCGUUCAGUCCCCUCGGGCAAUUUACAAGAUACAAAAGGCCUUUGUGUUCCAAAAGGUCUCCCCUUAUACGGAAUUGUUCAACUAUAACAUCAAAAAUCUGAUCGAAAUGGGCGGAUUGAAUCGAUUGAAAAGAAACUUCAUGAAACCAUUGGAUUUGUCACUUUGCGGUCAACAGGAGACGAUUGAGUUAGGAUACGAAAAAGUAUUCACUGCCUUUUUACCCUUAGUCUUUGGAGUUGCUCUUAGCGUUUUGAUAUUGAUUUUUGAAGUCUGCUUCGUAAGAAUGGUUUAUGUAAUUAUAUGAUACUUAAAAAUAUAUGUCAAUUCGUCAAAGA